CUGGAAGGGAACUAGCUGCUACUACAUUAUCAGGAAACAUAAGGUGUGGAGUAAUCGACUCAGCACCUACUAAGUUGCGACUUGUGUAUGUAUAGUGCGGCUCCUGUUACUGUGAAGAUCACGUACAAUACAGAUCACUGCAUUUGUCAGUAAAUAAGAAACAUUAUAAGAAUAUCUGACAAAUUCAGUUGCGGAACAAGACAAUGUCUGACAAGACCGAAAACCAAACCUCAGACCAUCCUGAUGCACACAGAGACUGUACGGACGUGACACGUUCAGAUAGCUCAGCAGUUGAGCACGGAGAAGAACCGUAUGUAUGUGAUCAGGUGAAGACUGAGCAGGAUGAAGUUCUUAUAAAUACGGCUACAGGCCGUAUGGAUGUGACACCUUCAGAUUGCUCAGCUGUUGAGCACGGAGGAGAACCGAAUGUGUGUGAUCACGUGAAGACUGAGGAGGAUAAAGUUCCUAUACAUACAGGGCGUCUAGAGGAAAACCCAGGCACUGGGCUAUUAAAUGUGAAGGAAGAGGAUGAGACAGAUGACAUGAAUAGUCAUCAGACUGAAAUACAUUGCUCCCUCCCCGCCGAUGAAGAUAACGCUGAUAUAGUAAAAGUGGAGAUAACAGAAGAUCUGUUUGUGAGUCGUCAGCUAGGAGCCCUGGAUGAGGAAACCAGUGACAAUAUCAGCCCAGGCCGUAUGAAUGUGACACCUACAGAUGGCUCAUUGGUUGAGCACAGAGGAGAAUCGUAUGUGUGUGAUCACGUGAAGUCUGAGGAGGAUGAAGUUCCUAUAAAUACGGCUACAGGUGAUUUCAUAAUCUGCAGUAAUCCCAGUCAUGAUCAGAGUGCAGAUGCUACUUUCAGUCUUCUCCAAAAUAAAAAAAGCCACAUAGAAAAUCUAUGUUCUGAAUGUGGAAAAUGUUUUACUCGAAACUCAGAUCUUAUUGAUCAUCAGAAAAUUCAUACAGGAGGGAAAGCAUUUUCUUGUUCUGACUGUGGGAAAUGUUUUACUCGAAAAUCACAUCUUAUUGAUCAUCAGAAAAUUCAUACAGGAGUGAAAGCAUUUUCAUGUUCUGAAUGUGGGAAAUGUUUUAUUCGGAAAUCAGAUCUUAUUAAUCAUCAGAAAAUUCAUACAGGAGAGAAAGCAUUUUCAUGUUCUGACUGUGGGAAAUGUUUUACUCGGAAAUCAGAUCUUAUUAAGCAUCAAAAAAUUCACACAGGAGUAAAAGCAUUUUCAUGUUCUGACUGUGGGAAAUGUUUUACUCAGAAAUCAGAUCUUAUUAAGCAUCAAAAAAUUCACACAGGAGUGAAAGCAUUUUCAUGUUCUGAUUGUGGCAAAUGCUUUACUCAGAAAUCAAAUCUUAUUGAUCAUCAGAAAAUUCACACAGGAGUGAAAGCAUUUUUAUGUUCUGACUGUGGGAAAUGCUUUACUCGGAAAUCAGAUCUUAUUAAGCAUCAGAAAAUUCAUACAGGAGAAAAAGCAUUUUCAUGUUCUGACUGUGGGAAAUGUUUUACUCGAAAAUCAGACCUUAUUAAGCAUCACAAAAUUCACACAGGAGAAAAGGCAUUUUCAUGUUCUGACUGUGGAAAAUGUUUUACUCAGAAAUCACAUCUUAUAAUGCAUCACAAAAUUCACACAGGAUUAAAAGCAUUUUCAUGUUCUGACUGUGGGCAAUGUUUUACUUGGAAAUCAAAUCUUGUUACGCAUCACAAAAUUCACACAGGAGAAAAAGAAUUUUCAUGUUCUGACUGUGGAAAAUCUUUUACUCGGAAAUCUGAUCUUCUUAAGCAUAAAAAAAUUCACACUGGAGAAAAAGCAUUUUCAUGUUCUGACUGUAGCAAAUGUUUUACUUGGAAAUCAGAUCUUAUUAUGCAUCACAAAAUUCACACAGGAGAAAAAGCAUUUUCAUGUUCUUACUGUGGGAAAAGUUUUACUCGGAAAUCAGUUCUUAAUAGGCAUCAAAAAAUUCACACAGGAGAAAAAGCAUUUUCAGGUUCUGACUGUGGGUAAUGUUUUACUCCGAAAUUAGAUUUUGUUAAUCAUCAGAAAAGUCAUAAAUGAGAAAAAGCAUUUUAAUAUUCUGAAUGGGGAAAAUGUUUUACUUGGAAAUCAGAUCUUAUUAAAGGUACACUGAACCCAAUAUUUUUCUUUCAUGAUUCAGAUAGAGCAUGACAUUUUAAGCAACUUUAUAAUUUACUCAUAUUAUCAAAUUUUCUUCAUUCUCUUGGUAUCUUAUUUGAAAUUCAAGAAUGUAAGUUUAGAUGCCGGACCAUUAUUGGUGAACAACCUGGGUUGUUCUUGCUGAUUGGUGGAUAAAUUCAUCCACCAAGUGCUGUCCAGAGUUCUGAACCCCCCAAAAAAGCUUAGAUGCCUUAUUUUUCAAAUAAAGAUAGCAAGAGAACAAAGAAAAAUUGAUUAUAGGAGUAAAUU